AUGGAAAUAUAAUUAAAUCCUUUAACAAAAUUGCAUUAAGAACAUAAUAUAAGAGAUCAUUUUCAUUUUGUAUCAAAGAAAAUAACAAUAAAUGAAUUAGAUUCGUUUCUUCCAUAUUAUAAAUGUGAUGAAAUUGGUCAUGAAGAAUUGAUUCUUGACCAAGUUUGUAUUGAUGAUAUUUGUUAGCAUAAAGGAUUAACAUGUCCUCGCUGUGUAAAUAUAAAACAUGGAAACCAUAUUUCAAAAAUUAUAAAUUUGAAUACAUUUAUAAGCGAUUUGAUAUAUUCUUAAUCUGAGAAGAAAUCUAUAUUGAAUAAAGAAUUUGAUAAAAGUAAGAACUAUAAGGAUUUAUUAAUGAAUAUAAGCAAAGAAUUCGUAGAAGAUAUAAUAGAGCAUUUUUCAUUAUUUAUUAGUUAAAUCUAUAAAUAUUUUAAUGUUUUUUUAAAUGAAUAUGAAGAUCUUAUUAUCCGUUCAGAUGUAAUAAUCGAUAAAAUAUUACAUAGACAGCAUAUAAGAAGAGAUUUAUUCGGAAAAUACAUAAAAAAUAUAAUCGAGAAUAUAGGAAAUAAAGAGAAAAGUGAAUUUCUUUUAAAAGAUUAUGAAAAAGCAUUUGAAAAAAUAAAAGAUUUUUAAGAAAAUAUAAUACAUGCUACAAAAUAAACAAAAGAUUUUCUUAAAGAAAAUUUGAGUUCUUUAACAAAAAAAAUGGAUUUGAAAACUUUAGGGACAGGAAUAAAUUAUAUUGAUUUUGACAUGGGAACUUUAGCUUUACAAAGGAAAUUUAAAAACUAAUAUUAAAAUAAAUUGGAAGGAAUUUUUUAAAAUUUUGAAAAUAUAAAUGGAAAUGAAUAAAAUAUUUUGAAAGAAAAUAUUCAAAAUAAAUACUAAGUCAAAUAAGAAGAUUUAUAUCCUUCAUAUGUUGAUUAUGCAAGAAAAAAAUGUAUUUUAGGACGAACUUUUAAAACUAUAUAAAAUGCACAAAUAUUAAAAGUCAAUACAAUAAAAACAUCUUAAGUUAACAUUUCCUGUAUUUGUGUUAUAUCUUAGGAUUUAGUUGCUGUAGCUGGAAAAUUUUCACCUUUUAUAGAAUUUUAUAGGCUUUCUGAUAAAUAAAUAAUAACUAAAAUAGAUACAUUAUAGCAUUAAGGUAUAAAAUGUAUGAUUUUAAUGAGAAAGGAGCAAGAUGAAAUUGGAUAAUGGUAGCCAAUUUUAGUAAUAGGAACUUACAGUGAAGAAGAUAAUAUAAUAAGCUAUAAAAUAGAUAUUUUGAAGAAAUAUGAAGGCAAAGAGAGCAUUAAUAUAAGUGUAAAAACUUACAAGAAAUUCGAGAAGUUGAGAAAAGCUGCUGUUUCAUAUUUAGCUCAACUUUAUUUAAAUUAAUUUUUUAUUGCGGGUUUUUCUUCUGGUUGCAUUAGCAUCUAUAGUGUAGAAAACUCAAUAGCUUUGAAUAAUGUAAAUAAUUUAUUUGAUUAGCCAAUUCAUAAUAUAUAUGUUGUUGAAGAAGGUAAAUUCUUUAUUACAGCUACUUUAGAUAAAAUUAGAUUUCAUACUAUUAAUUUACUUACUCAUGAAAGAAUUGAAUAAGAUAUUUCAACAUUCUAUAUAGGAUCAAACUCUAUGAACUGUAUUUUACCAACUAAUGCUUUUAAUUAAGAAGGAAGUUAUUUGAAUUUUUAACAUAUUAUUUGUGGUGAUUUUAAAUUUGAAGAUAUGGAAUAGUACAAAGAAGGUUGCAUAAGGAUUCUUAGAGGUGGAUAAAAAUCAAUAAGAAUGUGCGAAGAGUAAGUUGUUUCAGUACUGAAUGGAGGCUAAAAUAAUGCUAUUAAAGAUAUAGUUAUUAUUGAGCCUAGAGUUAAGUAAAGGAUGGCUCUUUUACUUGUUUUUGGAUAUUAACAUAGAAUAAAGCUUUUUGAGUUAAAAAGCCAGUUUGGAGAAACUUUAAAAUUAUGGGAAAAAAAUGUCGAUGAUUUUAUUAAUAAUGUUGGAAAACAUGUGAUUAAAGCUAAACUUUUAUGUGAAAGUGUGGAAGUUGCUAACAUUAAAUGGGCGGAUGUAAAUUAAAAAGUUCAAAUUUUAUCUGCUUUUGAGAAUUCAUUUACGGGAAAAAUUCAAAUUAGAUUUGCUGUUGUUAAUCAUUAAUCAAAAUGUGAUGUCGAUAUUUUUGAAUUAGAAAUGGAAGUUGGAUAUUCUUGA